AUGAAGCCGAUCAUGCAGGCGCUGAAGGAGGUGCAGCUGAAGGACCUGUGGAUGGAGUUUGGCUUCCUGGCGCUCAUUGUGCUGUACCUGGUCAACAUGAUUGUGGGGAGCCAGGCCAACAAGCGCAUCGCGUAUGCCUGGGCCCAGGAAUACACAACCGAGGGGAAGGUCCUCGAGCGCAACUUCAGCCACAUCGGCAUCUCUGACGAGGAGGGCACGGAGGUGACACUACUGAAGGAGGGAGCAGCCAUGUUCCACUGCUAUGCGAGCGGCCGCCGCUUCUGCACAGGCAUGGUCGCCAGCUUGGACCUGCGGCCGCGCAUGGAGCUCUUCCAGGGCUAUGUCCUCAAUGCCAUCUUGCCCCAGGAUGACAUCGUAGACUUGGAGGUCCGCAUGAACGAGGCGUCCAUGCCCAAGACAGUGCUGUGCAUUGCCACCACCCGCCUUGCCAGGGAGAUGCUGCGCAAGGAAGGCUGCUACGAGGAUCUGAAGCUGUACACGCGGAAGGUGGAGGUGGCUAAAGACCGCAUCCCCAAUUGGCCGCAUGAGAAGCUGACAGUGCUGGCAGAGCAGCCCUCCAUCUUCUAUGACCUCAUGAGUGAGGCCAUGCUCGACCAGGUGUUUGGGAGGGCGGCCUUUGAGGAGAUCGGCCAGUACUUCAGGGCCAUCCGCAUCACAACAGAAGCCGAGGGCAAGCACAAGCAGGCAAGCUCUCUAUCAAUAGCGCAGUUCUCCUUCGUGCUGCCUCCUGCCGAGCAGAUGGACAAGCUGGGGCGCUGGAUGACGGCUGCCAUGGUCUUCAUCGACACCUUGGGCAACUACAAGAUGAAGCCCGAGCAGAAGGCGAAGGCUGACAAGGCGCGGCAGGAGGCGGCCGCGCAUGCGGAGAAGGGCGGAGAGGAGGAGACAUACGAGCGCGAGGAGAAGCUGCGCCAGAAAAAGAAGGAGGAGGAGCAGGAGAAGCUGAAGCGGAUGAGUCCUGCGGAGCGGGAGAAGUACCAGAAGCGAAAGGACAAGAUCGAAAGGGACCGGCGCGCGCGGCGAAUGGGCAAAGGCAUGGUGGUAAAAAUGUGA